GGUGAAUCUUCAGGUACUGAGACUCUGAGCAGAUGCGCGCCGACCUUAGAGUCUCCAGGCGCGCAGCGGAGGAUUUUGCGCACUGGAAUCAAGUAGAGCUGAAGGAACGGUCUGCUUGACUGACCGCAGUCUUGGCACCGGCGGUACGGGACUCAUUUGGUAGAAUUUCACGGCGCACAGAGACAACUUCUUGCUCAAAUCGCUCCGGAUUAAAAAGAAGAAAACAGUUCGGCGGGAUUUGAAACUUAGACAACUAAGUCGCUGUUUGAAGACGCCUCAUUAGAGGAAAUUCCAGCAUCCUGAGAGACGGGGACGUUAAAAGAGGAUUGUAGAACUCUUUGCUGGAUUGAGCAGGAAGGAUUCCAGCGCGAGGUGAUAUCAGAGAUGUUUCAGCGGCAUGCGCGUCUUCUCCUCUCCAAGUCUUUCAGAGAGGAUUUAACCGCCGCUCAUCUUGAAUAAAACUGACGAGUCGCUGAAGAUGAGAGCCCUGCAAACAUUAUUGUUGUUUUUUCUCCUGCACCAGGUCGCAUGCAGGAAAGUGCAUGGAGGCGCCACAGAACUCAUCGAGUGGAGGGACAGUGAUAGCGAACAGAAGAUUUCUCCCACGGGGGUGAGACCACGGAUUCUCAACCCCCUGCGUUUGUUUGCCAAGGGCUCCCCUGAGCUCAAGAGCAACAUGAGGGAAAUGACAUAUUUACAGAACAUGGAGGACUUUUGGGACUGGUUAUCUAACCAGACAGAUGUUCAGGGUGCACAGGCCAGAACUAAACGCAGACCCAUCGUGAAGACUGGCAAGUUCAAAAAGAUGUUUGGGUGGGGGGACUUCCACUCAAACAUCAAGACAGUCAAGCUCAACUUACUGAUCACAGGAAAGAUCGUGGACCACGGGAAUGGCACGUUUAGCGUUUACUUCCGGCACAACUCCACCGGAAUGGGGAACGUCUCCGUGAGCCUGGUGCCGCCUUCCAAAGUCGUGGAGUUUGAGAUCGCCCAGCAGUCAACACUGGAGACCAAAGACACCAAGUCAUUCAACUGUCGCAUUGAAUACGAGAAGACGGACCGCAACAAGAAGACCGCCCUGUGCGGCUUUGACCCGUCCAAGGUGUGCUAUCAGGAGCACACACAGAGCCACGUGUCAUGGCUGUGCUCAAAACCCUUCAAAGUCAUAUGCAUCUACAUUGCCUUUUAUAGUGUGGACUAUAAACUGGUGCAGAAGGUAUGCCCUGACUACAACUACCACAGCGACACACCUUACUCCUCCACAGGAUGACCUAGCUCUUAGCGUGCAGCAGCCUUUGGUCUCUGUCCACAAAACAACCCUGAACGCCUGAGUCUGCUGACAGAAAGUCAACUUGAUCAGGGCAAACAUACUUCAAAUAUUUGGAAAAAAACCUCUGUAAAUAUAGCAGUUGUAUCCAGAAAAAAAACACAUCAGACAGUUUGGUCUUUUGAGACUUGGUUUUAGGGGUUUGACAAAGUAAAAGGCAGUGCUAGCUCCUAACCCUGCGUAAAUCCUCAUCACAACAACACAUGUUCGCUGGUGUAAUUAGUGUCUUGUCCAGAUGUUUUCUUUAAGGCUAGACCAUGAGCAAAAUGUUGCACCAAUUAAAAGUGCAAACCUGGAAUCUGGCAGUGCUGGAGCCAAAAAUUGUAUUACCUAAUUGAGAUAGUCAUCAUUUAACAUAUGACAAGAUUUUGAUCCAUCUUAAAAAAAAAUCUAAAAAAACUGUCAUUUAAAAAGGCAUACAAUAAAGAAAUGUUCAUGUAAGGAUACUGUAUUACAAAAACAGAAAAAAGUUUGACUUUGAACUAGAGUGGAUAUCUAUUUGUACAAUAGGAAAAGUCAAAAAGGAUAGUCUUCUACUUCAAAAUUAUUCAAUAAGUGUCUCAAAGAUUUGAAUAAUUAUUAAUAUUUAGAAACAUUGUUUGUUAAAUUUCUUAUAUAUGUAUUAAUAUGAUCAAAAUUACUAAUUCAACUUAUUUCAGUGUACACAUGACAAAAUACACAGAUCAAUUUACAGAUUUUUGGAAGUUAAUAAUGCAUAUAAUGCCCUGCAAACAUUCUCAUACUGCUUGAAGUUUUCCACAUUCAGCUGCCUUGGAUCAAUUCCUUCUUGAACUUUCUUUCAAUGCAGUAGCAACUGCAGGUCUUUUGGAGUAUCUACUAGCUUUGCAAAUCUAGAAUUCUUUUUUCAGUGCAAAGAAUGUGCUUAGAGCAUUUCUGGACCUUGAUUGAAGAUUUCUAACACAUGAAUAUGCUGUGAUCCACAUAAUUUGACUAGAUCUGAUCAUAUGUUUAUGGCACUUGUCCUACUAGAAGGUGAACCUCCACCCCAGCCUCAUGUUUUCUUCAGCAUUGCCCAAUAUUCAUUUCCAUCCAUCUUCCCAUCAUCUCUGAGUAGCUUCCCCACAUCAUGAUGUCGCCACCACCUUGUUUAAUAGUGUAAUUUAGGUUUAUGUCAAGAUGACAUUUUGCAUGUAGUUCACAGUAUAUCUUUUUGUUGUAUAACCCUAAAAAGCUUCUGUCAAACUGCGCAUGGAAACCCUUAAGGUUUUAUUUCAAAAAUGUCUUUCUUCUAAUUGCUCCUCCAUAAAGGCCAAAUUUGUGAAGUACACAGCUAAUAAUAAUAAUAAUAAUAAUAAUAAUAAUAAUAAUAAUAAUAAUAAUAAUAAUAAAUCCUUUUCCUCUAUAUGGUUAACCUUAAAGGGUCAUGAGUGGGCUUGUGCUUGACAGAUCAUCAAUCCAUCAUACAAACACACAGAGACAAACAAGUCAAACAACCCUGUAUGCACACAUUCACUUCUGAGGGCAAUUUAGAGCAAACAAAUAACCUUAUACAGUAUGCAUAGUUUUAGACUGCAGGAGGAACCCAGAGUAUCCAUGCAAAACCCACACACAGCUGUGCCAGUGUUCAGCCUAAGUAAUAUAUUAUAAUGCUUUUAACAUAUUCUCCCUCCUGAACUGUGGAUCUCUGAAAUCAAUUGCUAUGUUACCACUGGUCUGUCCUACUGUUUAUGUAACAUCUGAAGCAAAUUGGAUGCACUGGAUUUCUUUAGGGUUAUUAGAGUAAAGGAGACCAAAUACAGAUGCAGACAGUACUUUUGAGAAUUGAGAAAAAACAAAAUACAGUUUCUUUCCUACAUUAGUUAUGCACUACUUUUUUAAGAUGCUACUUCACAAAAUAAUCUCUAUAAAAUACAAAAAUAUUUGUCUUUACAAUGUGAGAAAAUGUGGAAAACUGCAAGGGGUAUAAAUACUUUUGCCAGGCACUAUUAUGUAUUUCAGUUCUCCUGUGUUGAUUGCUGCAAUUAUCCCAAGGCAUGUGUGUGCUAAACUGGUCUGAAAUCCAACAUCUGUGUUUGCAGGAUGCACUUUGAGGCAGCAGCCUGCCGAGCGAGCCAUGCAGUGGAUUAAUGUGUCAGGAGAGGAGGGGAGAGGGAUGCAAUAAUUGCAGGACAGGUGGAUUUAGUGAGUCUGGCAGACAAUUAUCAGUACUUUGUCAUGGUCCUGCUAGCAGCCCUGACAUUACCUGUCUUUAAUAGGCUUUAAUUAGCCUGGGAAUUUCUAUUCACCAAGAGGAGAGAGACUGAAAAAGGAAAGAAAAUGGGCAGAAGUUGGAGAAAAAACUUGUCUGUGAUUUCAAGAAGUGGGAAUAUAUAAAAAAAAUAAAAAUAAAAUCUGGCUUUUUUCCAAAUGUACAGCAAGCUUAAGCUGGCAGUGGAAAAGAAGCAGUUUAGCAGUACACGGUGUAAUGUGCUUUGACAUUGCAAUCACCCAGACAGUUUUAAAAGGUUUCGUUGAAAAGCACCAUCAUACGGAAAGCCGUAGAUUGCAUUGCUUGCACACAUCCCGGGUUUUAGGUUAGGGCAUGUGCCACAGAUGACACUGCAAUUAUUUCAGUCGAUGUUACUUCAUGGUCCCAUCAUCUGUAAAUGAUCCUGUCACUUUGUUGGUGAGGUGUAUGAUAAAUCAGAAUCAAUCUACAGUGAAAUGAUAUUUUUAGUUUUACUCCUCGUUGCUGUGUACUACUUGUAACUACAACCAGACGUAUUUAAUUAUGGCUUCAAAGUAAAUGAUGUCAGUUUAUUUAAGUUUUUCCUUAAGAAUAUUUCACAAUGUGUACCCCUCCUCAUUUCUGGUGUUUUAUUAUGAUUAUCAUGUACAUAAAUGUUUAAAUUAUUGCCAACUGUUACAUAUCGCUUUAUUUCCCCGUUUCUGUGUUUUACAUUGUUCCUGUUUGGAUUACCUGCUUAGGUAAACUUGGUUAAAAAUCUCUCCUGUAAAAAAGGAAAAAAAAAUGUCAGUGAGUAGCGUGAUUGCACAUGUUAAUUUUCACACAAAGUUCAUUUUGUUAACAUCUAAUGGUUGAAGAUCACUUUAAAUCUUUAUGGCAUUAAACCUUAUAAGAAAUUGGCUCCCCAGCAUCUUGUCACACCGAGUCUGCCCCGGUCUACUGGUGCUCAGAGUUGUCUCGUUUCAUUCCUGAAAGGCCUUCUCAACAGGAUAAACACACCAUUUUUAAGAGGUACAUUUCGGUGUAGCUUUUUAAUGGGCAAUAAAUCUGUGUCCACAGGCGUGGAUGAUACCAGAGGUACACCUCAGGGAGCACAUCCAUUUUGCUGUGGCCAUCAGGGACAGGGGUCUUUUCAUUCGCUUCCAUUACUCUUAUCUGAUCAGGAUGAGGCACCUACUCCUUCAGCAUCAAGUCACACUAGGCUCCCCCGCUGCAC